AUGGUUGGAAUAGCAGCGAAACCUUAUGAGAAGAGCGUAGUACUAAAUAAGCUUAUCGCAAAGGUCUCCUAUCAACAAAUCAUCAACACCGAUUUUGCGAGUGCAAUCGACGUUAAUGUAUGCCAGGAGAUGGAUUCUCACUCUGUUUUCAACCGUAUAUCAUGGGCAACUAGAACUUGCGAGUGCACAACGCCAUAUAGCUUUAGGGCCAGUUGUGUCAGGACAUAUCCAAACGCACGCGAAAACUACAUCGGUAGCUACGAUCGAAAAUGCGACCCCAGGGAUGAAACUUCCGUUUUUUGCAUACCCACAGAAAACAAUGAUCUGGUAUAUACAGACUGUUCAUGCAAGAGGAUACCAAAGAAAGUAGGGCAAAAACCACCUGGAAAAUCAAACGGAGUUGGUUGCUCUGGUGGACUGACUUUGGGACAAACACACACAAUGUCUGUGUAUUCCACAAUCGUCUUUGCUACAGGGACAACAUCGCGCCAAGUUGACGGUUGCUACGUCCAGAAUAGCUCUACAGGGACAGAGCUUGCCGCCAACUAUCCGUGCCCCCUGAACAAUAACGGACACGUACUCGAAUUUGAAAAAGGAGCGACCUACCAGGCAUGUGUCGAAGGCGACGACGAUUCUCCGGACACAAUUUCAUUUCAAUGGAUUGUCACGAGCUCGAUUGGGCACUCAAAGCGGGACGAAUUUAUGCAGGCCGUCUCGUACGAUAAAAGCGUUGCCCGUGAAAGACGGAACUUCAAAGACGUUCUACUUAGUCGUGGCGGUAUCAGGCAAGCAAGACAGCUGUUGCCCCGCAUGGCGGAUCAUGCUAGGGCGAAGGGUCCUCCCGCACCUCCCUCGCUUCCAAGCACGCCGUCCCGCUACCAGCCAGGAGAAGAUCUCAACAAACUCGUGGAAUCCAUCAACAGAGACUUCGACCUUGACAUCCAAAUUCGUGGCCACUAUUCCCCAUCAAAAUUGGACCGAGAUGACUUAGGCAAUCAAGUCUACGAGUACAUCAUGUUCCUGUUUUACCAAAACAAGCAAGCCCUUGAGCGGGCAAUUAAAGAAUUCGACUCCAGCGCUGGGCAAGAACGAUCCAAAGAGAGCUUGAAUCUUUUUCACAAGUUAAUGUCAGAUACAGUAAAGGCAUGCAGACCACCCUCAAAGACCCGGACGCAGGACAUUAGGCAGCCCAGAAGCCCUACUUCUUCUCCUCACAAAGCAAUCAAGACACCACAGCAACCCACUCCACUACGUUUUGACCGGCGAUCUCAGCGAGAAUCACGGGAGUCAUAUGAAUCGUAUAAGACCGCUCCAGAUCCAGGAUCUCCUACAGACGAAGACACCGACAAUGAAAUGAACCCAGGGCUUGAGGCACGAUCUCCAUCGCCUUCUCCAUCUUUUAGGCCACCACAUCCAUCUCAGGCAAGUAAACCCGUCUCAUUGCAUUCAGCAAGAAAACGGCCCUUGGAGAACUCCAAUCAUUAUGGAACCUCGUCAAAAUUGACAAAAACCUCGAGAGGAAAGCAGGCAGUCAACACAUCGCGUAAUACAGAGGACUCGUUCAAAAUACCGACCGUCGACAUGGCUCCCUCGCGUCAGCCUAUUCCUGAUCCAUCAUCCGCAAAUCCGUCCUUCAACAAUGGCAUUUUCUGGUCACAGGAGACCGCCAAUACCGCAGCGACUUCUUUCACAUCAUUUAAUGGCGACACCGAUGCUUAUCGACAACCCAGCUCUACAGUAAGGGCUAUAAAUGGAAGUAGCUCCACCACAUUAGGCUCCUGGGAUGAUGAAAGUCUGAUCCAAGCGGAAAAGCAAUUUGCCAUGUCGACCCAAAACGACAGGGUAUGUGAGCAAGACAUCCAGACCGACCUCAAUAGAAGCUUUUCUCAAGACAGCAACGGGCAAAGCAGAUCUACCUUUGGCUCUGUAGAUGAGGAGGAAUUUGCCAAGGCGGCAGCCAAACUUGAAGAAAAGCAAAAUCGGUCAGAUCCGGUUGCUUGCCUGGAACCCUCUGGGGUCGCCACCAACCAACAACAGCACGAUUCAUCUACGGAUAAGAUGCCAUAUGACAUACGCGACAUACCCAAGCAAAGUCUCUUCGUGGAAAUGCUUCCAGUGGAAUUGGAAUAUAUUCCCUACUAUGUGUUAUUCAUCUGUCUGCGCAUUGCGCUAGAACACUCUGUUUCAUUGCGAACGAUUGCGGAUGUUGUUGACGACUCAAAUAUCUUCACUGACCCACAAACAUUUUGGCACUCCAUUGAUUGCUACUUUAAGAGCCUGGGCAGACCUACGGUCAAGUCACGCGAAACCAAUCGCCUCUGGCAAGCAGUAAAUCGGGAAAUGGAUGGUUUUACCUUCAAGGGAAAACUGACUUUCAGUUCCAGACGAACAGGAUCGAUCAUGUGUCUCAGGCUACUACCGAUACAAGAAGAAAAGUCCUGUCGACUGCAGCGAAUGUUCGGUUCAGAUCGGUUCCUCUAUCUGGAUUUACCCGAGUUUAAUUCUUCCAAGAUAGAUGGCUUCACCAAGGAUGACAUAGUGAAGAUCAGAAAGAAGUGGCAAGAGUGGUUGCUCACAGAGCACUCCUUUUUGGGACGCAAAUGGAGAGUAUUCCAUGUUGACAACAUAAAAAGGAAGCACAAGUCUCACCAAGACGAUAUGCUUCACAACAAGAAGAUUGUUCUGUUUGCCACAGAAGGCACCGGCAUUGAGCAACCGUACACAGUGGGUGAAAUGUUAAACAAGUUCUUACCUAUGGAUCUCAACAAAGAACAAAGCUUCUGUAAGGCCUUUGCUCGCAUUGAUCUUGGCCUUUCCCGGACUAUACCUACUUUGUGCUUCGACGCAGAGCAAAUCCGGCGUGUGCGUGACAGUAGGAGUAAAGGUGACCAAGAAGAUACACGAUUCAAUGACACAACACUGGACUGGCCACCUUUCCCGGCGCGUACUGUGAUGGAUGAUGGGUGUUGCGUCAUGUCAGUGGGUGCAGCCAAGAAGAUAUGGGAUCUGUACACCAAGGCUACGGGCGUUACCGAUCCACUACCUAGUGCCUUUCAGGGGCGCAUAGGAGGUGCUAAAGGAAUUUGGGUAAUUAACGCAGAAAGAUUCACCAAGGAGCCGACUCACUUGGAGCCCUGGAUCAUGAUCAACGAUAGUCAAUGGAAAUUCGAGCCACCAAAUGACCAGUCUCCUUAUCAUCGUACUUUUGAGGUGUUAAACUACAGCUCAACCCCAUCUCCAUCUGAGCUGCAUUCAUUGUUCAUUCCGAUAUUGGCUGAUAGGGGUGUACCAAAGGAGGCGAUAUCUGAUCUCAUGUUUGACUCUCUUGAAAAAGAGCGCAUGAAUCUACUGAAUGUUCUUCAAGACACCACAAAGGUGCAUGAGUGGGUAUACCGAAACGGAGCAAACACAAAACUUCGCGAAGAAACCCCUGGACGAGCUGGUCAACCAGCAUCUCUCGAGGAAAAGGUUCUGAACCUACUGGAAUCCGGCUUUGACCCUCUGAAGUUUCCGUAUCUUGCCCAGAAUCUCGAAUCCUUUAUUCUGAGUAGACAGAUAUUUCAAGAGGCUAAACUACGUGUACUGCUUCCCAAAUCAACAUUCUUAUACGGAGUGGCAGAUCCAAAGGGAGUAUUGAAUCCUGGAGAGAUUCAAGUAUUGUUCUCUUGGCCAUUCCUCGACGAAACCACUAAUGAGAGAUACUUGGAACUCAGGGACUUGAAUGUCUUGGUCGCUCGUCACCCUGCUUGCCGUCGUUCUGAUAUUCAGAAGGUACGGACAGUCAUACAUCCCGAGCUGUCUCAUUUAGUAGAUGUGGCUGUCUUUUCCUCCAAAGGAUCUUUCCCCUUAGCUGGCAAGCUGCAGGGAGGUGAUUAUGACGGCGACAUAUUCUGGAUUUGCUGGGAGAACACACUUGUGCAACCGUUCUUCAAUGCUCCUGCACCAGUUCAGCCUCCUGAGCCCUCCCUUUAUGGCAUUGAAAAAAGAACCGAGAAACUGAAGCAUAUUGUAGACGUUAAAAGACCCGACAAAGUGGAUGCAUUUUUGAAAAGGGCUUUCGAGUUCCGUGAUCAUUCAUCGCUGCUAGGUCAGGCAACGAUUCUGGCAGAGAGCCAGGCCUACAGCGAAAACUGCGUUCAUUCCGGAACCCUUGAGAAGCUCUACGACGUACAUGAUCUCCUUGUCGAUGCAAGUAAGCAAGGAUACAUCCUCACUCAGAGCAAGUACAACAGCUCCGUAAAGACAUUAUGUGAGAAUCCGAAAGAUCCAGCCUACAAAAGGGCAGCUAAAGACUGCAAAAAUGCGAGGAUCUCGAUAGAUACUCUGAAAUGUCGUGAGAAAAAAUACGGCUACAAACCAGACAACAUACUGGACUAUCUCUACUUCGAUGUCGUGAGGGCACACAACAUUGAGACGAUGAAGAAAGUCAAGGAGAUACUUGAGAACGCUAUUGAGCGGGAUGAAGUCUUAAUACAUCCAUACCAAUACCUGCACGACGAAGGAAUAGCCGUGGUCAGCAAAGAACUCAGUUCACUGAAAGAAAAAAUCGAACGCGUUUAUGGUGCAUGGAAUGAAAUAUGGAACAACAAAAAGCUUGUGGGAGAGGGUCGGUAUGCAUUAAUCGAAAAAUGCUACCAAAAUUACCUAGCUAUACAGCCUGAUAAUCCAGACGAUCCUAAUAUCAGACCAUGGAUGGCACCUUAUCGUCGUUAUGGAUCAUGUCAUUGGGACACAAUCAAAGCAUCGGCACUGUAUAACAGAUACCCAUGGCCCGAAAAAUUGAGCUUUGUCUUCAGCCUGGCCGGAUAUACGCUUUCAAAGCUCAAGGCUGAAAGCUUUGAAGGGACCAGAUCCGUGGUACUACCCAUCCGCGCGAACCUCAAACCGAGACGUAUCAAAACCCUAUCUUACAGCGAUGAAUUGGAUGAUGUAGACGAAGACGAAUACGAUUUCGUUACUGCUCUGGAAGAUCAGUUCCCGGGUUUUGGUGACGGGUAUUGAGAAUGGGGAUAUCAUUCUCAACUGUUCAACGGCAGAAGCAGUCAUCUCGAUGAGUUACUGACGCAAGCGAUGAUCACACAUGUUAUCAAAACUAGCGCUCCUGGCUAUCGAGUUGGCCCCAACGCCUCACUAUGCCAUUCAUUACUACAUCUUGAAAGAUUGUAGUAUCAUAUAUGUAGGGGAAGAGAAAGAUGAUAGAAGAAGGGGAAAGGAGGAGAGGAAGAAAGGAAAGAGACGCAUAAGGGGAAAUAUCCAAAACAAAAAGAGGGAAAUGUAAGAGACGUGGCUGGGUAGAUCGGGAUUUCCAUUGCUGUCAUGCCGUGUCAUACGCUGCAAGUUGUGCGU